GCUUUUAAAGGUGACUUCUUUUGAUGCGCCACAUCGGGAGACGUGAUUCAGCUAGCCACGCUUGGCAUAAACUGACGCUCUAUGGCCCUACCCGUGCUUCAAUGACAGACAUGCCUAUCUUAUCCAUAGAAGUCAACUCGCUGUUCACACGAGGGUUCGACAUGUGGCGUUGGAUAUAUGGUGGACUUCUACUGCCACUUUCCCUUGUGUUCUGUUACAACCAUGUCCAUCGUCCAGCACUCACCUGCCUCUCGGUACACACCGCUCUGCAUGACCAACUCCCCAGUCAAGAUAUAUCACACCCACUCCGCUUCGACUGAAUGGAAGUACUACGGACAUCGGGGCGUGUUGGUUUUUGGCAGAGAAAGCUCCGCGACGAAAGACGACGAGUUUUCUUUCAAGCUGUUCUUGUGCGAUGAUGAGGGUACAUGGCGAACACUCUGGGUGUUCAAACUCGAUGGCAAGGGGUUCGACUACAGAGUGGACAACUUGCCAAGCUUCCAUUGGUUCCACGGACUGACGCGAAAAUUUGGGAUCCUGUUCGAAGAUGAUGACGAUGCCAGCGUGUUCGCGAGAGUUAUAUGCGAGCGGAACACGAGGGCAACUGCUUCUCCUGUCUCGUUCGAAAGUGACAGUGGUCGCCGACUGAAGACGAAGACUCUCGGCUCUUCCUCUGUCGUUUCCCUCCAACUCAGCAUAAAACCAAGCCUAAUCCGCCGAUCUUCUAUGGCGGCAAGCAACUUUGGGAAGAAGUCUAUACCUAGAAUAUGGCGUUCGAAGCGUUCAUGAUUUGCUGAGUGUUGUCCCGGAGAACGUGCAGUUCAGAUACGAUUCAUAUACCAUUUAUGAAGCUCGGUGAGCUAUGUAUGAUGUACCACUACGAUGAAUGCUUUACGGAUAAGUUAACUAUUUAUCACUCAUAGUCAGUAUAUGCGUAUGUUCGUGUAGAUGAAAGCUUACGAGUCUAUUUAUUGUCUCUAUCUCUAUUACUUCUAUGUACAACUUAUGGUCAGAAUCUUGUCAAGUCGCGCCCGAAUAUCC